UUUUGAAAUUAUUUGUGGCAACAAACCAAUACUGGGAAAUUUAAAAACAAAUAUGUUUGACAGACAAAAGGUUCCUUUCGUUAGUGUUUUGUUUUAAUUUAUUCUUUUAAAAAAGACGUAAAAAAUAAAAUACAUGAUAAAUGUAGCUAAAAAAUGGAAAAUAAAAUAAAUUUGCUUAACCAUGAGUCUGCUCCAUCAUACAUAAUGGCCAAAAAAGAAACUUCGUCGUCCUCUGACUUUUUUUCCUCUGUAACACACCCAUCUGAUCGUGCACGAAUUAAAGAGGAUAUUUAUAAAAGAAUAAGAAGCGGUAACGAUAUAUUGUGUCAAAUUCCAACUUAUAUAGAUCCGAACGUACAAUUCAGUGAUGAUGAUGAAGAAGAGACUCAAGAAGAAGUUAAAACAGAAAAAUCACCCGAAGUUGUAAAGACGCCUGAAUUCGUGUCUAAAGCGUCAAAUGCUUUAGGAAUAAGAAGGGGAGGAAUGAAUUUCAAAACUGUCGAUUCUACUCCUUGGAAACCAGCUCCUCGGCAAUCUUUCUCCACUUGCAAACCUUCAGCAUUCAGAAGUAAUAUAGAUAUCCAAUGUUUGUUGCCUCAGAGUGAAAAUAAAGCAUCCAGGUUUGCAAAAGUUAUUCCAGAUAAGUCUGUGAAGAUGAAUUUGAUGGCACAAUCAGAAUUUAAAAUACCAGCUGAAACGGGCGCUCGUAGGAAAAAAUUGUCCACAAUUUCUGAUGAUGAAGUUAUAAUAGUGAAUGGGAAAUGUUAUAGUGUUCUGUCCCUUCUGGGAUCAGGUGGAUCUUGCAAGGUGUUUUCAGCGUUUGAUGAACAGAAGAAUUUAAUAGCUGUUAAAUGUGUAAAACUAAAAAACACAGAUCCUUCAAUUCGAGAAGGAUAUCGUAAAGAAAUUGAGUAUCUUAAGAAAUUGCAGGGUUCAAACCGAGUCAUCAAAAUGUAUGACUACGAAUAUCGAGAAGAUGAGUUAUUUUUGGUCUUAGAAAGGGGAGAUAUUGAUUUUGCCAAGUACAUUUCCAAUGAAGCAAAAUUAAAACGUUUAUCUCCUAUAAUGAUAAAAUUUUAUUGGCAACAGAUGCUAGAAGCUGUUGCAGACAUCCAUAAAUAUGGAAUUGUGCACUCAGAUUUAAAACCAGCAAAUUUCUUACUCGUAGAAGGAAAUCUAAAGCUCAUAGAUUUUGGUAUAGCAGCAUUAGUUCCUGAUGACAAAACCAGCACUUUUCGAGACACCCAAGUUGGCACUUUAAACUAUAUGUCUCCAGAAGCGAUCACUCAAAUGUCUACUCCUGAUGCCAAGCAAGCAUUAUUUAAAGUCGGCGUCAAGUCGGACGUGUGGUCUUUGGGAUGCAUUCUGUAUAACUUAGUUUACGGUCACACGCCCUUUCAUAACCUUAAAAACCUGAUGCAGAAGAUCAAUGCAAUUAUGAAUCCCAGUUACGAGAUUGUUUUCCAACCUUUGAAUGAUAAAAACCUUGUAGAUGUCAUGAAGCAAUGUUUAAAAAGAAAUCUUAAAGAGAGAGCAUCAGUUGAACAACUCUUACGUCAUCCUUAUCUAACAGAAGAUAAAACUUCUGCAUCAAACAGUCAACUCAUGAAUGUGAUGGAACAAAUGCAGGUGUUAACUCCUAGAAGAAUGAGUUAUAUCACAAAAAUGGUACAAGAACUGUCUGCUAACAAAGAAAAUUGAUUCUUUUAUCUACAAUAAGCUUUCCAUAAAACUGUGUUUAUAAAUCAAGUUUUUGAUAGUAGAUUGAAAAGUACUUGAUCUUUCAAACUUUAUUUUUAAAAUACAUAACAAUUUUUAAAGUUUUUGACUUCUAACCAACUGCAAGUAGAUUAUGAUUUUUAAAUUGAGCAAAAUUAAAUAAUCUUUUUAGUUUAAUUCUCUAUGGCUAUUGCUAAAAUAUUGAGAAAAAUUUCUUUAAAAAUUAUCAACUUUUAAGUAUGUAUUAUAAUGUGUAAUAUAAAAAUAUGCUAGCCUUUAUGUGCAACUUAUAUGUAUAUAUAUAACUUAUAAUUAUGUCUAUUCUGGAAUCCUGUUUCCUUUAUGCUGCUAAAAUCCUUUAUGUGCAACUUAUAUGCAUUUUGUAAUUAUGUCUAUUUUAGAACCCUAUUUUCUUUAUGCUGCUUUAUCAAUUAGACUUCUCCCAUAAAUAAGAAAAGUAAUAGCUUUAUAUGUUAUUAGAUUGAAAAAAAAAUUUAAUACUUGUUCUUUUAUAUUAAUAUUUUCAUAUACAACAAUUUUCAUGAUAUUUUGUUAAUAAAGACAUUUUGCAU